AUGGCGAUGUGUUCAAAUUUAUCUCGAUUAAGYUUCCUAAAACACAUUCUUAUUCGUCCAGCGAUACGACCCUUGUCUACACUAGCAGCUGACAAAGAUCUGAAAUCAAUCGAUGAUCUUCCAGGCCAUCCUAGCUAUCUAGGACUGCGAAUACCGAUUCGUGUUGCUUUCGCAAAGCUGUUUGCUAAGAAGCCUUUGGGAAAAUUAUCUUUAGAGUCACAGUUCCAAGAUGUUGAGAAAUUUGGGAGCAUUUUUAGGUCUGAAUUCCCUGGUGUCAAAAUGGUAACAUUGGCYGAUCCUAUCGAUGUGGCCAAGGUAUUCCGUAACGAGCCCAAGUAUCCAAGACGAAUUUCCUUUCCCGUGACUAYCUAUUGUCUUGAGAAGAGAAAAGCAGUUCCUGGAGUCUUCUUUGCCAAUGGAGAGGAUUGGUACAGAUAUCGUAGCACYGUCAGYAAACGUAUCUUAAAACCACGAGAAGUAGCCGAGUAUAUACCUGUCUUCAAYGACAUCGCAAGCGACUUCGUAACUCGACUURACUYCGUUCGAGWWCCCGCRGGAAUUGACACUGARURUGAAGUAAAAGAACUUAACCAAGAGUUGUUUAAGUGGUCUUUUGAGUCAGUUGCCCAUGUCCUGUUUGAUCGACGAUUUGGRUGCCUUGAAAACGAGGCAAACCCAGAAGCUCAAGCUUUUAUUAAGGCUGUUGGAGGAUUUUUAGAAACUGUUGUAAUUGCUGGGUUGAUACCUAUCUGGUUCUACAAACUUUACGAGACAAAAACCUUUAGGGAGUGCUACCACCAUUACGACACCAUGUACAAGUAUGCUGACCUGUUCAUUGCAAAAAGGGUUGAAGAAUUGGAAAGGGAGAGAAAAAUGGAUCCCAAAAACCUGGAAAGGCAAGCAGAAAAUCCAGAAAAAGUUGGCUUCAUUGAGUUUCUUUUGACCCAAGAGAAUCUGUCAAAAGAUGAUUUGAUGUCAAGURUCAUUGACUUGCUGUUUGCUGGAGUAGAUACCACAUCGAAUACAAUGCAGUGGUUUUUGUACAUGAUGGCCAAAAAUCAGGACAAGCAAGAGAGGCUUUUCCAGGAAAUAACCCAAGUACUAAAAGAUGGUGAAGCGCCAAGUUCAAAGACCCUUGGCAAAAUGCCUUACUUGAAAGCCUGCUUCAAGGAAACACUACGAAUGUAUCCAGUACUCAGUGCAUUGACUCGUACAAUUCCCACAGACAUGGAAAUCCAAGGUUAUCAUCUUCCCAAAGACACUCCUGUUCAGAUGUUAACCUAUUACAUAAGUCGAAGUGAAAGCAAUUUYGCAGAAGCACAAAAAUUUGUACCUGAAAGAUGGCUKCGCAAUGAGAAAAAYGAAUUGCACGCAAUUGAUGCMUUUUCUUCMAUYCCAUUUGGGUUUGGUACAAGAAUGUGUGCUGGUCGACGUAUAGCUGAGUUAGAGCUCUACCUACUGGCAAUAAGAUUGGUCCAGAAGUUCAAACUUCACUAUCCAGAUAAUGAAAUUGUGGAGCCAUUCAUGAGAGCAAUUACAAUUCCAGACAGACCUGUCAGWGUCAAAUUCAUAGACAGAAUGUAACUCUUAAUUAGACUGCCCUGCCUUGGCAGAAACUAUGCAAUUCAUACACAUUUUUAUUAUAUAGAAAAAAUUAUAGACAGGACGUAAACGACACAAKUCUGUUGUAUAGAUUCACGCUUACCUUAAGUCGUAGUAAGAUCCAAAGAAAAACUAUUUUCUAUAAAACUUAGCUCGUUAUCUACGCACGUAAAGCUACGCAAGGUCAAAUCAUGUUUGAUUGAUGCUAAACGAUUCUAGUGAUGUGUACAAAAAAUGGUUUUCAGUUCAUCAUUGGCAAAAAGCGAGCAUGCCGGAUAGAUCUUGUGUCAUUAUUAGAAUGUAGCUUAAAUGAUGGAGUCAAUCCGCGGUUGUUAUUGGAAACGCCUCUCUCAAUAACAGUCACAUCGAUCUUCACAUUACAUAAGUGUCUUUUUAAAUAGAUGCAUGAUUUUAGGAUCGGAAAUAACUUCUAUAUCCUUAGAUGGAUCAAAUCAAGGGUUGCACCCCUCUCAGCCCUUUCUCUGGAACCACCCAUCCAAUAAAACUAUAAUUAGACGAUGCAAUUGUCGUGUGCAACUGUCGUGUCGUCUAAAUGCCACUUCACGGCUUGUCUACGGCUCACGCACAGACUCUCGCCUCUUGUAGCGGUUUUAAGCCAAGGUUCAAAAUCUUACGACUAGACGUAGGAGAACUCAGCAACAUGGACAUAUAACUGCUUAGUCGGAUUUACGUGAUGAGAUUGUCGUGYGCGACUGCCGUGCCGUGCAAAUGCCCGUACGACUCACGCACACAAUCAUUUUAAUACCACGUGUGCGUUUUAUUGUCCAUUUGCCRUAUUUUGUAAUAGUAAGUCGAGAAAAAGAGGUGACCGUUUGAUAUGGGUUGCAAAUUUUAAUUAAAUUUUAAUCAAAAAAAA